AUGGAUUUGGAGCAAGAUGAUGCCAAGACAGUGAGUGAGAACUUCACCUCCGUCAAGGAGUUCAUCUUAUUGGGACUCACCAGCCACCGAAGGACACAGCUUUUUCUCUUUGGGGUCAUCCUCCUCAUCUACUUGCUUACAAUUUUGGGGAACCUGCUAAUCAUCGUCCUGGUGCAGACUGACUUACGACUCCACAAACCCAUGUACUUUUUUCUCAGCAACCUUGCAGGCAUGGAAAUUGGCUACGUUACUAGCACUUUGCCCCAAAUGUUAGGUCAACUUUUGACUGGAAAUGGAGUCAUUUCCUUAGCACGAUGUGUGACGCAGAGUUACGUUGCUCUGACCAUGGGUAGUACAGAAUGCUUGUUGUUGGGAAUCAUGGCUUAUGACAGCUACAUAGCCAUCUGCCAUCCACUGACAUAUGCCUCUUCCAUGGACAGGAUGCAUCAGCGACUGCUUGCUGCAUCCUGUUGGACCAUAGGUUGCCUCUUCUCAGUUGUAUAUGUUGCUUUCAUCUUUCAUCAUCCAUUCUGUAGCCCCAGUCACAUUAACCACUUCAUUUGUGAACUGCCUGUUGUGCUAAAGCUUGCAUGUGAUGACACCACUAUAACUAAAGUCGUUGUUUUUGGGUUAUCAGCAUUUAUUGUUCUGGUUCCCCUUUUAGUCAUCCUCUCUUCCUAUGGUUUAAUUCUAUAUUCUGUAUUGGACAUGAAGUCAACUACCAGAUGGCGUAAAGCUUUCUUCACAUGCGGCUCCCACCUUAUGGUGGUCACCUUGUUCUAUGGUACCGUUAUCUCCAUGUACAUCAUUCCCCAUUCAGACACAGGUCAAGAUCAUGAUAAGCAAAUCGCAGUAUUUUAUGUUGUGGUGACACCUCUCCUGAACCCCAUUAUUUAUACUCUGAGAAACAAGGAAGUCCAUAAAGCAGCACUCAAAAUGCUGAAGGACUUUGGCUUUAUAGCAUGA